UGUUGUAUUACAGCACUAACUAAACGGUCCCUCAUUUAAUGCAGCAAAUGCUUUGCCGUACAGUUAGGUUUUAGUACCUGAGCUUAAAGUAUCGGUAAUAAUAUGGUUAUCUGAGUUAUAUUUAUCCGUAAUGACAGUGUCCCGGUCGCGGUGUGAUCCGUGUGGCAUCACUUGUCUAAUAUCCAUAUAUUUGAUUGUCAUAUAUACUGACUAUGCAUUUAUUCAAUGGAUUGUAUUACCAUUGGAUGUGAGUUUGUGGGCAAUAGUCAUAAGUAUAGGACUGUUUCAGUUAAUCCUUUUAUUGCUUGUAUGGUCACACCUGAAGGCAUCGAUCAGCGACCCGGGAGUUGUACCGCAACCGCAACAUAAAGACAACGGACAGGAUCUCAGUUCAAAUCAUUUAUUUGCUAAAAAAGAUGACAACAGUGGCCACAAUUGGUCGGUGUGUUCCCGCUGUCAGAUGUAUAGACCUCCGCGCGCACACCACUGCCGUAUAUGUGAGCGGUGUGUCCGUAAAAUGGAUCACCACUGCCCGUGGAUUAAUAACUGUGUUGGAGAACUGAAUCAGAAAUAUUUCAUAUUAUUUUUGGUAUAUACAGGUACUGCCUGUAUAUAUAUUUUAUUAUCAAUUAUAUGGUCUUUCCUCAAAUCCAAACUCGAUUCUCAACAAAGAAUGAUACAUACGAGUGUAUUGCUCAUAGAAGCCCUACUAUUUGGUCUAUUUGUAGUGGCAGUGCUCACUGAUCAGAUUCAGGCUAUAUGUGCCAAUGAGACUGCUAUAGACAGAUACGUUAAGAGCAAAAGUCAAGACCACAAGUCAUCGUCUCUGACAACAAAGACUACUAAAUUGAAAGCUAAAAAGUUAAUGACAGAAGUGUGUGGAACGGGACCUAUGGUUUGGUGGCUGAUCCCAUGUGAUCCCAAUCACAAAUAUCAUGCAAAUAAUUCACAUUUUAUAGUCUAAUUUAUUGAAUAUUGAAUUAUUUGAGGCAAUUAUAUAUUGUUAGAGUAUAUUAUGUGUUGCAAUCAAUCAUUAAAUACAAACAACAAAUUGUGAUAACAAUUAUCAAUCAAAGAUGCAUUGGCAAAAAAAAGUCAAUUUUAUUUAUACAUGUACAUUUUUAUUG